AUGGCAGACGCUGAAGACCAGACGCGCACGCUGCCGAGCUUUGAAGAGCUGACCGUGGAGGACUUCGUCUAUGUGGCUGUUAUCAAUGAGGCAAGCUACACGCCAGUAUUCCCCAUGGUGAGCCGGAUUUGGCACUACGCCUGCCACUACGUGAUGUUCAUACAUCUCAUGGUCGUCCUUGUUUUACUCGACAUCAUCACUUACCCUUUCCGGUGCCUCUGUGCCCUGCACAGCGGGAGGGGGCGAUUGCUACUACGCUUCCAAGCUCGGUCCAAGGAGGUCUCAGACCCAAGCGCCUGCAUGACCGAUAUAGAUCUCGGACCGGCGAUCCACGCCGGCCAUCGAAUCCUGGAAGUCGUCAUGCCUGGUAAGAUCUCUGACCCGACUGAGAUCUCCGCGCUUCGGACACUUCUAAAGAUGAACGAUCCCACCGGCUUCAGUCUGCUUGCUAAACGGUGGACUCCGGCUUGGCAUAUCUGCCCUCAGACCCUGGAGCCGGGAAGUGGGUUGGAGAACGUAAAGGCAGUCUUGUCGUCCAUGCAGCAGGCCUCAGACGUUCCUGUGGGCUCGACACAGCAUUUGCCCGAGGGAAAGCAGGAGUGGGCCCAAGUUAUCCUCGAGUUUCAUGGCCAUGAGAAUCGCUUCUUCUGUGAAUACCAAGCAAGUUCCUGGCUGUGGUACUGCGCCCUACGGUACCCCUUCCUACCCCUGGGCAUUUUCUUUGUCUUCUUCUCCUUUCUCGCCAUCAUGGCUGACAUCGCGAUGGCACCGCUGGCUAUCAUUUGGAACUACUCCAAGAAGGCGAUCCCUGGAAAUGAAAUCAGGCUGCAUCUCUUCACCGUCGACCAAGGGGGGGAGGGUGAGUUCGGUUCCUUGCAGGUGAUUUCGUCCAGCGAAAUGCUGGACAAGUUGCAGGAAAUCAAAUUGACAUACUCGGAUACCUGCGACGCUUCCUCAGCUGCAGCAGAGCUUUUCGGCCCACCAGAGCAGCGUGAUGACGAGUGGAUGUUUUGGAUCUCGCGGCAAGCAGAGGUCGCCGAGCCCUUCCGACGGGCCCAGGAGGUCCUCCGGGCUCCCGCCACCGCGCAGGCGGUAGCAUCUGCAUGGAACGAGGUGCAGCAUCUGGGCACCGAAGCAGGACGCUGCGAGGAGAUCGAAGGAUUGGGUCGCUUCGUCGUCCGCUACCUCGCCCUGUGGCCGGAGAUGGCGGCCUCUGCGAAGCAGAUCGAGGUGCUGCUGCAGCGCUGCGGCGGCACUGGGCUCGAGGCUGCGGCCUUACUGCGCCUCGCUGCCGAUGGAAAGAGUCUGCCAGAUGCUGAGAAGCUUCUCGACAAGGCCGCCAACGCGGGCGCUCCGCGGGCGGCGUUGCGGCAGGCAGUAGCUCUGCACGGGCAGGCGCGAGGUCCGGAAGGACGGCAUUCCGCCGUCAAGGUCCUCGUGACCCGGGCUCGAGAGGAGCUCAAGAAGCCGACUUUGGAAGCCGAUUCCGUGCUGCUGGCGACCUUCGGUUUUCUGGCAGCAUCAGUUGGGCUGGAAGGAGCGACCGCCAAGGAAGCGCUCGACAAGGCGUCGCAGGGACAGGGCCGUGGCGCAGUGGAGGCGAUUCUCUACUUGGCGAGCAUGUCCAAUCACCUGCCCUUUGAGCUUUGCCAGCAGCUUUUUCGGCUGGAGCGUGAUAUCCUCUUCCGUCCUAGUGGGUGCCUGCUGAGGUUGGAAUUGGCUGUGCGGCUGUUGCAGGCGAGUGCCAAAGCCAAGGAGCGCAAAGCCCGGGAAAGGGCGAGCCGGCUGUUGAGGCUGUUUGCCUUCGACUGCCCGGCGGUCGCUGAGGACUUGUCUGGCAUGGGCUCCGCCUGGCUGACCUCGCCCGAUGCAGCCAGCGGACAAGCAGGCUUGGCCGGGGAUCUUUUCGCCGUGUCGGCGAUACGCUUGGGCACUCGAGCUGCGAACUACGCAGUUUGGUCCGCUUCAAACGCUUCUGCACGCGCAGCCAUGAGCAGGAGUCAGCACAGUGAGGUGCUGCAUGCGGCAAAGGUUGCCAAGACACUUUCGCCUCGCCAAUGCAAGAAGAAGGCCUUCGACCGUCCUUCGCUCCUGAGCCCGCGGAAAUCUCAUCCCUGGGGAUGCCCCGAGGUGGCUCCCAGAGAGUUCGCCACGCGCUGCUUGCGCAGCCGCGGGGACUCGCUGCCGUGCGUCUUGCGUGGAGCUGCAGCAGACCUUCUCAGAAAAGAUUUCCCUUUGGACAGGCCAUUGGAGCCCUGGUUGGCGACAGGAGGCAACGAGACGGUAAAAGUCUCGUUUCCGUACGAGGCCCUUGGUGGAGUGUCUUCGCUGAACCGUAUCGAGGCGUCGAGCCGCGUCCUGGAGCAGCAGAGCGCCAACAUCAGCGACGCCUCGCCGGCCUGGGCAUUGCUUCGACCAGGCAACUGGCACAUGCGCCUGGCGGAUGCCGUAACCUUUGCUGAACGGCACCCGUCGCAGGCGGUCUACAUGAACCAGGUCAUGCUGCCUGACCUGGGUGAUGCUUCUCGUGACGAGAAUGGUGGUGAUGAUGGUGAUGAUGCCUGGCUGAUGCUGGAGCUGGCGGAAGAGGAGGAGGAGGAGGAGGAGGAGGAGGAGGCAGAGGAGGGCGAGAAGGAGCAGGAGGAGGAGGACAACGUUGCCCUGACGGGCUUCCACACCGAUGGCCCGGAGAACCUGCUGGCACAGCUUUCUGGCAGUAAGGACCGUGAAAGCUUCCGAGACGUGCGGGCUCUGAAGCGCUUUCUGCAGCCACUCUGCGGUCUGCCCCGGUUUCGGCAGCGGCUGCUCUUUGAUGGCCACGUGAUGCAGGAUGACGACGCUGUGCCGGCUGCACCCGCGGAAGUGCAGCUGGUUCUUCUGAACUUCUGCAAGCCGGACCAUGAAUCCGAAGCCGAGCUUCAUGAUGCAGCUUUUGUUGGUUCCAUUCCCAGAGUGGAAGCUGCCCUUCAGCGGCCGGACGAUCCGAAUGCCGACGGUAUUGGUGACUCGCCUCUUACGGCAGCUGCCUACAGUGGUCGGAUCGACGUCGUCCGUUUGUUGCUUGAGGCUCGUGCUGAUAUCGGCUUGCCCGAGGAUGAGAGCCAGACUCCUCUGGAAGCUGCAUCAGAGUUGGGAUAUCAAGACAUCGUGAAGUUGCUGCUGGAAUCGCGAGCUGAUGGAGGGAUACCACGAAUCACCCUGGAAACGCCCAUCUGGCUCGCCGCUUCUUCUGGCCAUGAAGAGAUCGUGCGCUUGCUGCUGCAGGCCGGCGCCCCCACGGAGUCCUCCUACGACGAUGGCGAGACACCACUGCUGCAAGCUUGCGAGAGGGGCCAUCUGGCAACGACAGAGGUGCUUUUGAACUCCAAUGCUGAUGUGAACACCCGCGGGGAAGGUGGCAGGACCCCUCUCCGAGAAGCGUGUGAGGGCGGCCACUUGAACAUUGUGCGCCUGCUGUCAAAGGCUGGGGGUGACGCGCAUGCUGCUGAUGAUCUGGGCAGGACCCCACUAGCUGCAGCAGAGCAGCAAGGUCACUGGAGAGUGGUGCGCUUCCUUCAGCGUGCUUCGAAGUCGCUAGCAAGCUAG